CCCUGCGUACGAUCAGUUCUGCAUAUCCACGUGUUCGAUACGUGUGAUUCGCUUCGUACGACAUAUGCGACAGUGAAUUAUUAUUCGGAAUAAACGCUGCCACGAUGAUGAAGAAAGGAGAGAAAGAAAAGAAAGGUACGUUCAAGGUAGAGUACCUUCAAAAAAUUGAGAAGGAAGUACAAGCGAAAUGGGAAGCUGCAAAGGUGUACGAAGUGAAUGCACCAUCAGUGAUUUCACUUGAUAAGAAAUUGAAUGAAAAGUAUCUCGCAACCUUUCCAUAUCCUUAUAUGAAUGGACGUCUGCAUCUGGGUCACACCUUCUCAUUAUCCAAGUGUGAAUUUGCAACCAGAUACAAUCGCCUCUUGGGGAAGAAUGUGCUCUUUCCCUUUGGCUUCCAUUGCACUGGUAUGCCUAUCAAAGCGUGUGCUGAUAAACUAAAGAGAGAAAUGGAAGAAUAUGGUUAUCCACCACGAUUUCCUGUCGAACACAAGGUUCUACCAGUAGCCUGUAUUAUGUCUAAGAAAGAGAAAACGAAAAAGAGUAAAGCUGUUGCCAAAACGGUCGCGGCGAAAUAUCAGUGGCAAAUUAUGCAGUCCCUCGGCUUAGAAGAUUCAGAAAUUAAAAAAUUUGCUGAUGCUGCGUACUGGUUGGACUACUUUCCGCCGCUUGCUAUGCAAGACUUGAAAUCUGUCGGGCUUCACGUGGACUGGCGAAGAACAUUUAUUACAACAGACGCAAAUCCAUUCUACGACUCCUUCGUACGCUGGCAAUUCCAGCACUUGAAAGCCAGAGAUAAAGUCAAGUUUGGUAAGAGAUACACCAUUUACUCGCCGAAGGAUGGACAACCGUGUAUGGAUCACGAUAGGGCGUCCGGUGAAGGCGUCGGGCCGCAAGAGUAUACGUUGAUCAAAUUGAAAGUGUUGCAUCCCAAGAAAAUCAAGAGUGAAUUAGAGGGCAGAUCGGUUUACCUCGUAGCCGCGACUUUGAGACCGGAAACGAUGUACGGCCAGACGAACUGUUGGGUGAACCCAGAUAUGAGCUACAUAGCGUACAACGUCGCAUGCGGAGACGUGUACAUCUCCACGGAGCGUGCGGCAAGAAAUAUGGCCUACCAAGGUUUCUUCAAGAAAGAGGGGGAGAUAGGCGUCGUUGCGACGCUCACUGGCAUGAAUUUGAUAACUCUGGCACUGAGCGCUCCUCUCGCGCCCUUCAAAACGAUCUAUGCGUUACCUAUGUUCACGAUCAGGCAGGACAAGGGUACUGGUAUCGUGACUUCCGUUCCUAGCGACUCUCCUGACGAUUAUGCCGCAAUGAUGGAUAUAAGAACGAAGCCACAGCUUCGAGAAAAGUAUAGAAUUACCGAGGAGAUGCUACUGAAUCCUAUUCCGAUCAUCAGCGUUCCAGGCUAUGGCGUGCUUAUAGCAGCAGCUUUAUACGACCAGCUGAAAAUUCAGUCCCAAAAUGAUCAAGCUAAACUUGCAGAGGCGAAGGAGAUAGCGUACACGAAGGGAUUCUACGAGGGUUCGAUGGUAGUAGACCCAUACUUCGGCAAAGACGUGCAGGAUGUUAAGAAACCGAUUCAGACAAAACUGAUCAACGACGGCAUGGCGGUGAUCUAUUACGAGCCAGAGAAAACGAUUGUCUCAAGAUCGAACGACGAGUGCAUAGUGGCGUUGUGCGACCAAUGGUACUUGGAUUAUGGCGAGGAAGCGUGGAAGAAGGAGGCUUUGAAGGCUCUGCAGGAUCUUGACACGUUCCACGACGAGGUCAGAAAGAAUUUCCAAGUGUGCAUGGACUGGCUUCACGAGCACGCGUGCUCCAGGACGUACGGACUCGGUAGCAAGUUGCCGUGGGACGAAAGCUGGUUGAUAGAGUCCCUGUCGGAUUCCACGAUCUACAUGGCUUACUACACGGUGGCGCAUUACUUGCAAGGCGAUAGCUUCAAAGCGGACAAGCCCAACCCGUACAACAUAACACCCAGCGACAUGACUCCGGAGGUGUGGGAUUUCAUUUUCUUCAAGGAGGCCAAGUACCCCAAGACGAAGAUAAAGCGAGACACUCUGAACGCCAUGAAACGCGAGUUUCAUUAUUGGUAUCCGGUGGACUUGAGAGCGUCCGGAAAGGAUCUGAUACAGAAUCACCUAAUGUACUUCAUCUACAAUCACACGGCGAUGUGGCCGAGCCAACCUGAACUGUGGCCACAAGGGAUAAGGGCAAACGGACACCUACUCUUGAAUUCGGAGAAGAUGUCCAAAUCGGAAGGCAACUUUCUAACACUCGCGGAGGCCGUACAAAAAUACUCGGCUGACGGAAUGCGUUUCUGCCUCGCUGAUUCCGGCGACUCGAUAGAGGAUGCCAAUUUUGUCGAGAGCACGGCCAAUGCGGGAAUCCUCAGACUGUACACCUUCAUAGAAUGGGUCAAGGAAGUACUGUCCACGAAAGAUACUUUCAGACACGAUGCACCGAGCACAUUCAACGAUAGAGUCUUCGAAAGCGAGGUGAAUCGGAAGAUAAAAGAAACCAACGAGAACUACUCCAAGAUGCUUUACAAGGAAGCAUUGAGGACGGGCUUUUACGAGUUUCAAGCAAUCAGGGAUAAGUAUUUACAGCUAAGCGCGUUGGACGGCAUAAACUGGACGCUCGUCGUGAAGUACAUUGAACUGCAAGUAAUUCUUUUGUCCCCCAUUUGCCCGCACGUUUGCGAGCACGUAUGGGAACUUAUUGGUAAAGACGGAAGUAUACUAGAUGCAAGAUGGCCCGCAGUGGGCGAGAUAGAUGAGGUGUUGAUAAAGUCGUCCGAGUAUUUAAUGGAUGCUGCUCACUCGUUCAGAGUUUUCCUCAAAAAUCGCACGACCCCGAAGACAAAAGAGAAGGAGGUUACCGUGGAGAAACCCACGCUGGGGACUGUUUGGGUAGCCAAGACGUAUCCUCCCUGGCAGAGGGUCAUCCUCGAAAAGCUGAAGGAACUGUACUCUAGCAACGAUAACGUAUUACCCGACAAUAAGGUGCUCGCCACACAAUUAGGUUCCAGGCACGAGCUGAAGAAGUAUGUGAGACGAGUGAUGCCAUUCGUGCAAUUCGUAAAGGAGCAAAUGCAAACUGUCGGCGUCAGUGCGCUGAAUUUGACGCUCGAUUUCAACGAGGCCGACGUGCUCGAGAAGAACAAGGAGUAUCUCAAAACUACGUUGGAUCUCGAAAAUAUUAUCGUGAAAUACACGGACGAGGCUCCAGAAAAGACGCAGGAGGAAUGCCGUCCCGGUACGCCUUACAUAAAUUUUUCUGUGAUCCCUAUAAUGCCAGUGUGCUUCGUUAACCCGCAAAAGUGCAGCAGCUUACUCGAAAUAUCUGUGGGAGUCUCGGCAGCUGAUACGUUUACAGAUAUCGUAUGCCGUCUCGCGAAACAAAAUAAGCAAAUAAAAAAUCGUGCUACAAUCGCAUUAUAUCGAUACGAUGAUCCGAUCCUGGGGCCAAGAGCCAAGCCGGUGGCAGAAGACAUUUUAAAGGGAAAAACCGAGAUUUCACCUGAUUCUACGUUUAACGUAAAUGUGGGAAAGAGAAUUGUCGAAAUUACCGUUAAUGGGAAAACGUAUCCAGUAGGAGAGCAAAUGAUGUAUAUUGAUAAGUCUCUGAUAUGAUGAACGAUCAUUUAAUACUGCCGGUAGAAGAUCUUGAAAAAGUUUGUUUUUGCUUUCUUAAUCUGGAUUCGUAUGAUGCAUGAUAUGUAUCAUGCAUGAUUUGCAAUUUGAAAGAAGGCUCUGCUGUGUGAGUUCUUUAGAUAAUAUUUAUUUUUAUUUUAUUAUUAAAAAUGCAUUUCGUAAAAAUUUGAUGAAUAAUAAUAUUUCACUUAUAUAUGUAUUUCUUUUUUUUGUAUACAUUAAUAAAAAUUAAAAUCAGGUCAUGGCACAUACAUGACUUUGUCGGAG